AUGCCAGACAAGAGGAGGAAAAAUGAUGUUGUCAGAUCAGAGGCAUAUCCUAAGUCUGAAUAUAAUCCUAGUCGUGAUGGUUUGGAUGGUGAUGGCCGCAUUAGUAUUGAAGAUAUUCUGGACCCACUUCAUGGAAAGUCUGGCUUCAGCAAACUUAGGAAGAUCAUGCAUCAAAUGGAGAGAAGAGAUUGGAGAGGAAGACAACUUAUGAACAAUCAAAGAAGGACAUCUCCAAAUAUUGAUUUGGGAUUUUCAACUGUAGGGGCAAUAACGUCUGAAUUUGAUCCUAUAACUGAUUUAGAGAAGAAAAUUGCUUCCCUGGUAAAUGAUAACGAGGUUUUUACUAACACAGUGGAAUGUAGUUUGAUAGUUUGCUGUGAAGGAUCACCAGACCGUCUUGCUAGAAUGCACAUUCUUCUUUUUUGUCAUGAAAUGAAGGCAAAACGUGUCAAAAAGAUAAAGUCUAGAACAUAUCAUCAGUUGUUAACAAAAGACAGGUUUAAAGCUGUCGUGACUGUAAUGGAAAUAGAUCCAGAAGCUGCAAAAGAACUUGUAAUGAAGCAAGAGUUCAAAAGGGCUGAGGUAACUUGUGAGAAUUCACAAUGGGAACGUUUGACGUUGAAGCACAAGAACAACUCCAAAUGGGCGAAACACAUAUUGAAGCGUGGUUUGGAUGUCCAAGAUGAAGGAACUCGUGUUGAUGUAGCCGAACAGCUACGUCAACAUGCUCUUUUGACUAGAAAAAUAAAUUCUAUGAAGGAAAAUAGUAGCUAUGAUGACAGCAGCAACGAAGAUGAUGGCGAUGAAACUUCAGAUGGUUCAAAUGAGACUAGUGCAUCAAAAUUGUCAGAGAAGGCAAAAGAGAAGACACUUGGAGUUUUAGAAGAAAUUGAUGAAAUGCCUAAAUCGGGAGUGCUUUCUUUACCUUUCAUAGUAUGGGGGUUGAAAAAGAGAAAAGAGGCGGCCGAUGAGGAAAUGAAGCUUGUUUUGCAGGAGUAUGAGUCAUCAUUGAAACAAAUGGAGGAUAAGAGUGAGACCGAAAGUUUAAUGACAGGAACUUCAAGUGGUAGGAUGGUUUUUGGUGCUCCUAAAAAGAAGGUUCAAGAAUCCAGUAAAAAGAUUGAAUCAGAUUAUAAUAAUAAGAGUGAUAGUGAAGUUGACUUUGAGGCCAAAGAAGAUGUUGAUGUUGGGUAUGCCAAAAGUGAUUAUUCUCAGAAAGAUGUUGACAUUGAUCCUGAUGUACUUCGCGAAUAG